UUAAACGUCGCCAUUAAUAUUGUGUUUAACAGCUGUAUAUUAUAUUUAAUUCAUUGCUUAUCCGAUCCCACUUCUGGAAGCGAAAUCAUUAGUAUCUUUAGUUAAAUUGUAAAAGCGAUACCCAAGUCGUUACUGCACUCUGUCACGAUAAAAAAACGCGCGUCUUUACAGUGCAAAGGAAGCAUGCGUGAGAGUGUGGGUGGUGAUUUCAUCUCGCCUUCUUUGACUGGUGCCCCAAAAACUGAUUAAAAGCGUUAUUUAUAAAGACCAAAAUAAUGCGGAUGAAAUACAAUAUUGGAACAGUUAAUAUUGGUUAUCUGUGAUGAUUUCAUGUCAAAUGAUUUAAAAGUAAAUGCUGUAUUGAAUUGAAUUUAUAUAACAUUUAUAGUCUUUUGCUAAAAUGGAAUUCUUUGGACUUACUCUAUUCGGACCGCAAAAUUAUAUAAAAGACACUUUAAGAUGUGAUUAUAAAGAACCAGUAUCUAAAGAAGAAGCAGAUUGUUUCAUACAAAAAAUAAAAAAAGAUUUAAAUGCUCAGGGAAAAAAUGUUAAUGACAUCGAUGUUAUUAGAUUAAUCGAUUGUUAUAUUGGAAGAGUCAACGGAUUUGCUUAUGGGUCGGCCCAAAGAUUCACAAAAAUGAAACGCAAAGGUGUUAUAAAGCCUGUUGGUCCAGCAGAUAUGUAUAGAAUUCCUGCCACAACUUCCAUUGAUUAUGGGUGGUGGCAGCACGACCCUGCUUUAUUAAACACUUCGUGGUAUAUUACAGACCCGCGACGCCCUCAACCAGCUUCUCCAAAUACCCUUAUUCUAGAUAUUGUUCGUAAAAAUAAUAAGUAUGCUACAUUGUUUUAAUAAAAUAAUGUAUAUAAGUUCAUCUUGUUCUAUUUCGUAUAGCCCGUAAA